AUGCAACAGUUUGAGGUCCAGAAGCGUCUCCAUCUCUCCCUUUGCACGCACAGACCUUCAUUCAUGGUUACUCUCAUUCAUCCCUUUCGGCUUAAUCUUCGUGGAGCGGUUCAGGUGCUUGAGGAAAUGCAGACUUACCUUGCUUAUGUAUCUUCUCUCACAAAAAGAGUCAGGUUUCACCUCACUAUUUUAGCAAGAGUUCAUUCUAAACAAAUGUACUUCAAAACUUGUGGAAGUAUUGGUGGUAUGCCCAAUACCUCGGAAGCUGUAGAAGUUGGUUCAUUUAGUCUGUGCCCUGAAUUUAUUCCUAGUUCAUCAUAA